AUGAUUCUCUCCCGGGCUUUUACCCUGGCUCUAUUGGGGUUAGCCAAUGCUGCUACACUCAGGAAGCGGUUCUCCAACGGAGAUUUUGCCACUGGUGAUACGGAUCCCAACGUGACCAGCGGCUGCACAUAUUGGGCAAACUCCAUCUCAUCAACUGAUACCUGCACUGCUCUGGAAAGCUUUUAUGGUAUCACAACAGCACAGCUAGUUUCCUGGAAAGAUGAUUAUUGCUACGCGGUUGUGACCUCCUAUGGCAACUUUACAUUGGAUCAAUUCUACACGUGGAACCCAGCUGUCAAGAAUGACUGUUCCGGACUUCAACCGGGCUACUACGUCUGUGUUGGCGUCUCCGGUUCCACGGCCACCACUACAACCUCAAGGACCACGACAGCAGCGCCAACAGCCACCACGACCUCCGCCUACUCUCCUCAGCAAAGUGGAAUCGCGUCAAAUUGCGACCGCUAUUAUUUCGUUGAAUCCGGCAACACGUGUGCUGUGAUCGCCGCCGAUUACGGCAUAACUUUGAGCAAUUUCUACGCCUGGAAUCCUGCUGUCUGUUACCUCUUUCUCCUCCCAGCAUCUCUACUAACGCCAUCUGCCCAUAGGCACCCCCCGGCCACCACAGCAACAACCAAAGCUACCACUACCACUACCAAAUCAAUUACCACCGCUACAACGGGAACUGGCCCCUCUCCCACGCAGGCCGGAAUAGUCGCCGACUGCUCAACCUACUACCAGGCCCGAGACGGCGACAGCUGCUGGUCGAUAGUAAAUGAGAAGUACACGUAUCUGACCCAGGCGCAGUUUUACGCGUGGAAUCCCGCCAUCGGCUCCAGUUGCAGCAAUCUCCAGUUGGGAUACUACUAUUGCGUCGCAACCAAGGACGUAGGCCCGAUGCCGAAUACUGUCAGCAAUUGUGCCAAGUGGCAUCUGGUUGCUAGUGGGGAUAGCUGUUGGUCGAUUGAACAGCAGUAUUCCAUUACAGCGGCGCAGUUUGGAAACUGGAAUCCGUACAUUGGGUCGUCAUGUGCAUCCCUGUGGCUGGGGUACUAUGUGUGCGUCGGUGUUUGA